AUGCACACAGCCACCCUUCCCCAGCCCCCCUGGCAGGGCCUGUCUUGUCUCUCCGUGCCCAGCCGAUCUGUGUCGCUCCGCGUGGGCAGAGGUGCCAGGGAGAUGCCAGGGCUUUGUGUGCCACAUUGGAUCAAGCUAACGUGGUGGCCCCCGCCCCCUGGCCCUCCUCCACCUCCCACUCCUCCUACUCAGCGCUGGGGCCCCAAAGCUCUGUCUGAACCCCUGAAUAUCUGCCACGCCGUCACCAUACCGCCAUACCUCCAUACCACCGUACCUCCGUACCACCGUACCACCGUACCUCCGUACCUCCGUACCACCGUACCUCCGUAUCACCGUACCACCGUACCUCCGUACCUCCGUACCUCCGUACCUCCGUACCUCCGUACCACCGUACCUCCGUAUCACCGUACCUCCGUACCACCGUACCACCGUACCUCCGUACCUCCGUACCACCGUACCUCCGUAUCACCGUACCACCGUACCUCCGUACCUCCGUACCUCCGUACCUCCGUACCUCCGUACCACCGUACCUCCGUAUCACCGUACCUCCGUACCACCGUACCUCCGUACCUCCGUACCUCCGUACCACCGUACCUCCGUACCACCGUACCUCCGUAUCACCGUACCUCCGUACCACCGUACCUCCGUACCUCCGUACCUCCGUACCACCGUACCUCCGUACCACCGUACCUCCGUACCACCGUACCACCGUACCUCCGUACCUCCGUACCUCCGUACCACCGUACCUCCGUAUCACCGUACCUCCGUACCACCGUACCUCCGUAUCACCGUACCACCGUACCUCCGUAUCACCGUAUCACCGUACCUCCGUACCACCGUGCCUCCGUACCACCGUACCUCCGUAUCACCGUACCACCGUACCUCCUUAUCACCGUACCACCGUACCUCCGUACCACCGUACCUCCUUAUCACCGUACCUCCGUACCACCGUACCUCCUUAUCACCGUACCACCGUACCUCCUUAUCACCGUACCACCGUACCUCCUUAUCACCGUACCACCGUACCUCCUUAUCACCGUACCUCCGUACCACCGUACCUCCUUAUCACCGUACCACCGUACCUCCUUAUCACCGUACCACCGUACCUCCGUACCACCGUACCUCCGUACCACCGUACCUCCUUAUCACCGUACCACCGUACCUCCGUACCACCGUACCUCCUUAUCACCGUACCACCGUACCUCCGUACCAAUGUACCUCCUUAUCUCCGUACCACCGUACCUCCUUAUCACCGUACCACCGUACCUCCGUAUCACCGUACCUCCGUACCACCGUACCACCGUACCACCGUACCUCCAUACCACCGUACCUCCAUAA